GGGAAGCGAAAACCCAGACUGAACACAUCGAGGAAAAACCAAACUCCAAGAUGGUGAGGACGAGGAGGAGGUCGGUGCUGCUGCUCCUCCUCGCCCUCACGGUGCUCUCCCCGCUCGCGCUCUACACCAGCAGCCUCUCUGCGGCGCUCAACCCCACCCAAACGCGGGAUUUCCCUGGAGAAAUCACGAAUCAGGGCCGUGGCGUCAAGGCAGACAAGCUGAAUGCGCUUCCUCUGGAAACUGUGAGCUCUUUGAAAGAACCUGUCGGCAUCGUCUUCUCGGAGGAACUGGACGGGCUGGCGAAAGAAUCGACUGGAUCCGAGGGCCAAGGUGCGGAAUUGCCAUUGAGGAAGGCAGGGGAGCACAAGAGCCGCGUGCUCUCUGAAGUCAUGGUGGCUGCUGAUGGCACCGAAGUGAUCGAGCAAGUGACGAGGCGGGAGGCACAGGAUGGUGGCUCGGCGAGUGCCAUCUCAGAUGAGCAGGAGAAAACCACCGGAUCACAGCAGCAAUCGUCUUCUAAGGAAAGUUUACGGGAGACUAUGCCUAAACAGACAUCUGCUAAGGUUCUUGUGGAGAACUCCCAAGCAGCUAUAACAGAUGGUAAAACUAAGAACACUGUUUUGCCUGAUACGUGGAUCCGAAAUAUCAAGGAUCAGUUAAUCAAGGCAAAGGUCUACCUUGGCCUUGGAUCCAUUAGAGCAAAUUCGCAGUACCUAAAAGACUUGCGGCAGAGGAUACGAGAAGUUCAAAAGGUGCUUGGUGAUGCAUCCAAGGACACUGAUCUACCAAAGAAUGCGAAUGAGAAGGUUAAAGCGCUGGAGCAGUUGCUGAUUAAGGGCAAACAGAUGCAGGAUGAUUGUUCUAUUGUUGUCAAAAAGCUUCGAGCUAUGCUUCACUCAGCAGAGGAGCAGCUGCAUGCUCACAAGAAGCAGACUGUUUUUCUGACACAACUUGCAGCUAAAACCCUUCCUAAAGGUCUUCACUGCCUCCCCUUGAGGCUGGCUAACGAAUACUUUUCCUUGGAUCCUGGUCAGCAGCAGUUCCCAAACCAACAUAAACUCAGUAACCCAAAACUGUAUCAUUAUGCCUUGUUCUCGGAUAGUAUACUAGCAACAGCAGUUGUUGUUAAUUCAACAGUGUUAAAUGCCAAGCAUCCUUCUGAUCAUGUCUUCCACAUAGUAACUGACAGACUGAAUUAUGCGCCAAUGAGAAUGUGGUUCCUCACUAAUCCUCCUGGGAAAGCAACAAUUGAAGUACAGCAUAUUGGGGAGUUUACAUGGCUAAAUGACAGCUACAGUCCAGUGCUCCAACAACUUGGGUCUCAAUCCAUGAUUGAUUACUACUUCGGAACCAAUCGCGCAAACCCAGAUUCGAACUUGAAAUACCGGAAUCCAAAAUAUCUGUCAAUUCUUAAUCAUUUGCGAUUUUACCUACCUGAGAUUUAUCCAAAGCUCGACAAGAUGGUCUUUCUUGAUGAUGAUAUAGUAGUUAAGAAGGAUCUGACUGGCCUCUGGUCAAUCAAUAUGAAGGGGAAGGUAAAUGGUGCUGUUGAGACUUGUGGAGAGAGCUUCCAUCGCUUCGAUCAUUACCUGAAUUUCUCAAAUCCUGUUAUUGCCAAGAACUUUGACCCCCAUGCUUGUGGUUGGGCUUUUGGAAUGAAUGUGUUUGAUCUGGCUGAAUGGAAGCGGCAGAAUAUAACCCAAAUCUAUCACUCAUGGCAGAAGCUUAAUCAAGACAGAUCACUUUGGAAACUUGGCACACUCCCUCCAGGUUUGAUCACAUUCUGGAACAAGACAUUCCCCCUGAGCCGGUCAUGGCAUGUUCUUGGUCUAGGUUACAAUCCCCAUGUAAACAGCAGAGACAUUGAGCGAGCUGCAGUCAUACAUUACAAUGGCAACAUGAAGCCCUGGCUAGAGAUUGGCCUGCCAAAGUUCCGAAGCUACUGGUCGAGGUAUCUGGACUAUGACCAACAUUUCCUGCGGGAAUGCAACAUCAAUCCAUGAAGGAAAAGAUUGCACCUUCAAUCCCCGACUGACAUAACCAAUAGCUUGUUUUUGUCGAUGUGCUCUGUAGAGUCAGUUAGUAUUCAUUUGAUCCUUGUUUUAGAUUUUGGUUGCUAGUCAGAUUACUUCUUGUUAACCCCUCUGCAUAAUUGCAGAUAUAGCUGUGAUGCUUGAAAAGUACAUGCUUUAGAGCAAAAAAAAAAAAAAAAUCAGUGCAACACCUCGCCUUUUUGUACUGAACGACUGCUGAUUUGGUCGCCUGAAAGUUGGACUCCAGUUUUCAAAUGGUAUUCAACUGAAUAUCAUAUUGUGCA